CUCAAAUCUCUUGGAUCAAAUCAUUCUUGAAUGCUAAGCAGCUCAGUCUGUUGUUUUGUUGUCCAUGUUGCUAAGCGACCAUCAGCAAGUCAAAGGCUGAGAGAAAAGACAAAUCCCAAAAGAGAACGAGACGUGGUGGAGGGCAGGAAAUUGUGAGUUUUUAAGAGCCAAUUUCUGGUGCUUCUGUGUGGACCAAGGAGCUGUAUGUUUGAAGACGAAAUGUGGGACACAAGGUCUCUGGAGAAGAUGGUGAACAGGACGACCCUAAGCACGCAGAGAGUUCUCCACACACACAUUCUGGAACUAGGAGAACGCCUGAGUCCGUGGUAUUCUCCCAAGGCAAAAGCAGAUGACCACCUCAAGUCUCUAAACUCAGUCAAUCCUUGGCCUGCGAUUGGACGGGAACAGCCUGACGCCCCUGCCGUGGAGGAAUUUCGGCAGCUGGCAGACGAAGAGAGACGUGCUGCCCUUAGACUCCAAGAGGAGAGGCUGCGGGAUUGCUUUCAGGAGGCCCUGCGAGCGCAGGCCAGGCUGGAGGCUGAGAAGAGGCGAGAGCUCCGGGUCGAGCUGCAGGCCCGCUUCAGAGCGCGCUGUGAAGGCCUGAGGGCUCAGAUGGAGGACGAGAAGGUCCAAGCCGUAGGCGAGGCCUGCAGGAGUCUGCAAACCAAGCUGCAGAAAGAGGAAGAAGAGAGCCGAGAGAGGCUCAUACAGAAUAUACUUCAAGAGAAUCAGGAGUGUCUGAGGAGGUGUGUGCAGGACACCGAGAGAAGAGUUGGUGAGGAGUGCGACGUGAAGACAGAAAGAGAGAGACGAGUCCUUCAGGAUAGACACGAAGAGGAGAAAUCUGAGCUGCAAAACAGGCUGCGGCAGCUGCAGAACAGUCUGGAGCAGGCCUGCAGGGAGCGCGUUCAGUAUGAAGCAGAGUUUAAGAAGGUGCAGGCCAGUUACAGGCUGUUUGUGGAUCUGACUGAUUCCUCCCUUCACUCUGAUUACCUCCUGAAGCUGCGUAGGCUGGGCCAAGAGCCGGGGCUCAUGGACGCUGCCACACAGACUGAUGAGAUCAGCCCCGAACUGUGAUCUUGUGAUGCCAGAGUUCUCACACCACAGCGCAUGGGUAUUUGACAUGACAUGACAUAGUUGUCACACAGUGUCCUGCAGUUUGAUGUUGCACUUUGUCUAAACCCAUGUUAAGGUUUUUGCUAAAGUUGUUUUGUAAAAUCAGUAAGAAUACUACUUUCAAAAUGUUGUGCACAAUGCGGGAUUAAGACUACAGAAGCUUAAAGGUGAUUAGAAAUUGUGUGAAAACGCAAAUUAUGGCACUUUGCAUUUAAAUAUUUAAAAUUAUAAUAAAGACAUCAGCAUUUUCUCUCAAAACGUAUUUCUAAAGGGGCUGUUUACUUAAAAUUUUCAUUAAAUGUCAGUAACAACCAACAUAAUCCAUACUUACAAAGAAACCAAAACUAAUUACAUCAGUUUAAUAAAAUGAAAUGAAACAAGGAAAAGUAUUGAACACAUGAAGAAAGGGAGGUGUCAAAAGUCAUGUAAAGCUCAGACAGCAGCUGAAAUAUCUUAGUAGUUGUUCAGCAAACCUUCCUCUCAUCAGUGUUAAUGCAUAUUAGCUGCUUCAGUCCCAACAUCUACACAACCAGAUGAUGAAGAUAAAGCCAGGGUUUACAUUUCGACAAGACAAUGAUCCUAAAUGCAACCAAGAAAACUCUCAACUGCUUUCAUAAAAGAAAAUAAAGCUGCUAUAAUGGCCCAACCAAUCUCCUGACUUAAAUCCAAUAGAAAAUAAGAACUAAAGAGCUGUGUUUAUAGACGAGACCCACAGAACCAUCAAGAUUUUUAGAUUGAAGUCUGGGGAAGACAAAUAAUCACACCAAAGCAAUGCAUGUGACUUCAUUUUCUAAUAAAGAGGACUCUUGAAGCAGUCAUUACCAAAACAAAGCCUAUUAUAUAAAGUGUUGAAUACAUUUCAGUAGUUCAGUACUUUCUCCUUGUCAUUUCAUUCAAAAUACAUAACUUAUUUUCUCUUUUGUUUUUAUUUCUCUGUUUAGAUCGUUUGGGUUUUAACAAAAUCUAGUACAAUUUCAUGUCACAGGGAAAAAUACAGGAGACAUCAUGAUGUGUUUAAUACUUUUUUACUCACUGGAUAUAAACGCAUACAUAAAAUGUAUCUUUUUCCGUUAAGUUUCAGUUCCAAUGUACACUUUUUAGACGUUAUUCCCUAAUUAUUGACAUUUCCAUUGACCUUUAAACACAACAAGGCAAUACAAACUUCAAACUGUACAACAACUAUAAAAAUUGAUAUGUAAAAUUCCUUAAACAUGAUACACUGUGCCUUAUUUUUGUGUUUUAUUUUAAGAUAAAAACUUUAUAAACAAUGUUUAGAUAUGAAAUAUUAACAAUUACGUAUUAAAUAAAAAGAUAUUACUGUAUGUGUAUCGUAUUUUAAUACCCUUCACUCAUUCCAAACAUUUUUUCCCCCAUUUCUGUCAUCUGUUCAAUGUGAAAGAAGAUAUUUGUAAGAAGUUUGUAAUAGUCAAUGGCUGUUAACACUAUUUUUUCCUACAAUGGAUGUCAGUGAUUACCAAUUUCCCAAAAUCUUUAAACAUACCAUCUUGUUUUGUUAAACAGAAACUCAUGAAGGUUUUGUAAAUUAUUUUUUUUGGGUGAACUAAUCCUUUAAGCAUGUAAGCACACACACAAACACACACCCAGACACACAAAUGAAUAACAUAUAUCAAGUUGUUUACAGAUGACAGUGUUGCUUGUUAAAAUUGAGUUCAGCCAGUUUUCUGUAAUUGUGUGCAAAAUGUUAAAGUAAUGGGUUUAUCAGAUCAAUUAUUAAUAAAUAAUUAUGCAUGUUUAAUAUCCUAAUUAGUCUUUUUUUUAUAUUGUAGUGUAGUGAUUGGCACAUCUGAUGAACAACAUAUUAAAUAUGUAAUAAUUUCC